AUGCCUCUUGAAGAAAGCAUCAUUGCCACACGUCAGCGUCGAGCAAAUGCUGGAAACCGUCUUAAGGCGUUGCUGGAUGCCCAGGAGCCACUUGACGACGAUGAUGAACACAACAUUUUCAUGGAGUUUGAGGAUGAUCAGGAAUUCGAGCUGGGGGCCGAUGAGCCUGAGAUGCCCGGUUACGACGAGGAGGAAGAGGACGAAGAAGAGGACACCAUGUCACCUGCACCCAAGCGUCGUAAAACUUCAGAGACUACGGAAAUGGAGGAGGAUGGCGAUUCAGAUGACAAUCCCGAGUCUGAAGCUCAGGGCUCCGACUUCUUCUCAGAGUCAGAUUCCGAGUCGGAAAAUGACAGCGAACCCGAAGAUGCUGGCGAAAAAGAGCUACAGAAACGUGAGAAGGAGGAAAAGACCAGGAAACGACUAGCGGCCAGAAAGGCAUACGAGAUUCCCACUAUGGAGAAACUGGCACGACCCAGAGUCACAGCCCAAGCUGCGGCACGUGCAAGGGCUGCCAAGGAGGCUCGCAAGCCGGUAAAACGGAAAAGCACUACUGUGGAGGAGCUCAUAAAUUCGGAUCGACGUGUGUCCCGACGAUCGACAGCCGUCAAAAACACCAAGGAGGUGCUGGAGCGACUCAAGGAGCAAGAAGAAAAGCGGGCUGCCUACGUUCCCCGUGAGAAGAAGGUGGUUAAGAAGCUGACCCAGGCAGAAAGGCUGGCAGAGGCUAAGAUCACAGAACAGCAGAACAUUGAUAGUUUGAAUAACUUUUUCCGCCAGGAGGACUUGCGAAAGCAGCGUCAGCGAGAAGCCAUGUUGGCCAAGCGAAUUCCUUUGAAGUCUUUCAUUCGAUUCCUCAGUUCGUCAAAGCUCGUAGACCCCAUUCCGCUCCCAGGUAUUGAAGAGGUGGAAGUGGCCAAGAUAAAGAAGGAGGUGGUAAAGGCGACCCCCAAGGUGAACACGGAGGGUGAAAAGGUGGAGGCUGCUGUCACAGAGGGUGCUAAUAAUGCAGCUGUCCCAACCACGGGGACACCGAUUGCUGAGACACAAACAGAAGUGAAAGAUUCCGUUGAAACAACCGCGGAGUCGACAGACCCCACUGCCGUGCCCGCAGCCGAGCCAACAACAGUUGAACCUACUUCCGAGAAUGAAACUAUUGCCAAGAAUGACGCGAGUGAAGAUGUGGUGAUGGUGGAUGCUCCUAAAGCUGAUGCCAAUGGAUCUACAAAGAGUAAGAUGGCCGACGAACCUGACUCUUCUGCUGCCACUGCCACUGAGUCUCCAGCAGUCAAAAAAGAAGAGGAGACAGCCGCGUCUGCUACAGCAACGCCCGAUGCUGCUGCGUCUGAAGAGCCAGAGGCAAACGAAGACAGUGAUAGUGAUGGAGAGACACCUGCUCCCAAGCCCGCCACAGUCCCCAAGAAGGCAAAAAUCACAGUGGAGGGUCCUCAGGAGAAAGUUGGCACCACAGUCGUACAAUUGCUGGAGUUUGCUCAGGACCGAAACCUUUCGCGUCCUGAGGUCAAACGGUACCUUUUGGGACCUCAGGCCGUGGUUCCUACUGGUCGUGACUACUCCAUCAACAAUUGUGUGGUUACUGGAAAGCCUGCGCGGUUCCGAGAUUCGAAGUCUAAGGGUCUUUACUACGCCUCUCUGGAAGCGUUUAAGGUGAUUGAGACAGUCCGUGAGGGUGGAUACAAUUGGAACUGGGGUUUAGGUGGUGUCUUUACUGAACAUGAUGGCGGCAAAUGUGCAAAGAAUGUACCCGAUGGAUUUUACAUCAAGAAGGAGGAGCCCAAGGAUGUGGAGGUCAGCGCAAAGAAGGACGAUGAGGGGAAUAAAGAUGGUAAUGAUGGUGAUAAGGAGGAUGGUCAGAAGAAUGGCGAGACAGAAGUCAAGAAUAACGAGGAGGACAAUAACAUGAUUGUCGACCACAAAAAGAAGGACCUAGAGGGUGAUGAUAUCAAGACAGAAGAUCCCGAGCUAUCUACCUCGUCUCCGUCUGAGGCUCCAUCUGGCGUCAUAGCAUAG